UAGUUAAACAUAGUCUGCGACAUCACAGUCAUUUAUAUUUUAUACCGGAAGUCAUACGAAAAAAAACAUCUUAAUACAAAACAUUAUACAAUUCGUUGGGAGGAUGACGUCAAGGCUAAUCCUUCUUCUAUCGGUCUUUGGGGUUAUUCCAAACGCGAUGAUCCCGAAAAGUCCAGUCAAUAUCGAUGUAUGUCCCCGAUCAUCCCGGAAAUCAGAGUCUAGCUAUUUGAUGGCCGAAUAUGGAGAUGGAUUAAUUACCCGCAUUGAUGAGGGCAACUGGAAGGAAGUGCUUACUGGCGAGUGGCUUUUGCUAAUCUGUUCGUCACACCAGCCGAGUUGCGGAGAUUGGAAAGCGGUCUUAUACCAGCUGGCUAGCACCUCAAUGGGUUGCCUCGAUGUGGACUUGGCUUUUGGUGAUCUCUCCACCAAUUUUUGGCUAAGGGGACGAUUUUCCGCCUUUCGGGAGGCUAACGUGUACCAUGUGGUGGAUGGGGAAUUUCGGAGACUGAGCUCCAGCCACGAUACUAACUCCAUUCUCAAUCUUUUGCUUCUGCGCGAAUGGUCAGAGUUACCUCCAAUGCCAUUUUGGUUACAUCCGACCUCCACAUGGAGCACAUCCGCCGAAUUUGUUUUAAAAACGGCCGUGGAUCUAAAGGACUUGGAUAUUCUUGGGCGCAACGCUUGGAAGACCGCCCUUAUUCUGGACUUAAUUUUUUUCAUCGUAACACCGUACAUUUUAUGGCUUACUAUAAUGACAACUACGGAGAAUAUGAUGGUGAAUGAUGAAUUUAAGCUAGGACCAACCGAAAGUAGUAGUCCACUUCCGCUGAAAUCGAUUUCUAAAAUUAAAAGCACAACUCCAAUAUUUUUACAGAAGCUAAGACAACUGAGAGAAUCUAAGUUCAAAAGUAUUUAAAAUUUAUAUGUUUCCUUUUACGAUUUUCUUUUACAAUCGCCGAAUUAGACCCAAAAAUUAAUCAAAUGGUCUUUUAAUAUUACAUUCAACAACAUUCUAAAUGACUGCGAGUUGGGCUUUCAGUAUCAGAAAAUCGUUGAAAUGUUUACAAUUAAAAUAGAACAAGAGAAU